AUGGCUUCCACUUCAGAUCCCGAGUCCCAAAAACCCGAGCCACAACUUGACUCACCGCACGACUCAGAAUCGGAUUCGGAAAUAAGCUCCAAGCCACAGCCGCCCACUGGGUACAACCUGCCACUAUGGCGCAAGUGCCUCAUUCUUUUUGUUGUCAGUUGGAUGACUUUGGCAGUCACAUUUUCAAGUACAUCAUUACUUCCUGCCACUCCAGAGAUUGCCAGUGAUUUUUCUACGACGACGGAAGUCCUUAAUGUUAUCAAUGCGGGCGUUUUGAUUGCGAUGGGCUUUUCAUCAUUUAUCUGGGGACCCAUUACGGACUUGUUUGGCCGUCGAAGCGCAUACAAUGCCGCUAUCAUGGUGUUGUGCGCAUGCUCGGCGGGCACAGCUGUGGCGAUCAAUCUACACAUGUUUAUUGCGAUGCGUUUACUUUGUGGAUUUACUGGGACAUUCUUUAUGGUCGCUGGUCAGACGAUCAUUGCGGACAUUUUUGAGCCAGUCGUACGAGGGACAGCAGUGGGCUUCAUGAUGGUCGGUUCAGUCAGUGGUCCUGCAAUCGGACCAUGUGUUGGCGGUGUCAUUGUUACUUUCGCCCAGUGGCGUAUAAUCUACUGGCUCCAAUUUGGUAUGACUGCGCUCGGGCUUGUGCUAUCUCUUCUGUUUGUUCCAAAUAUCCAGAAGAAACAGCAGCCUCUUCCAGCCCGAGGGCCUGUCAACCUUUCUCUAGUUCUGCGCAUGUUCAACCCGUUGCGCAUCUUUGGCCCAUUCAUCUACCCGAAUGUCUUUCUUUGCCAUUUCACAUGCGGUUUACUAGCAACUUUCCAAUAUGCUAUUCUCACCUCUGCGCGCUCCAUCUUUAACCCUCGUUUCCACCUGACAACUCCGCUUGUCAGUGGCCUUUUCUACCUCUCCCCAGGAAUAGGAUUCCUCAUUGGUAGUGUUAUGGGUGGCAAGCUGUCCGAUCGCGCGGUAAAGAGGUGGAUUAAAAAGCGAAAUGGCGUGCGCCUCCCUCAAGAUAGGCUAAACAGUGGUCUAAUCACACUAUUCGCCGUGCUUCCGGCUUCGACAUUGAUCUAUGCCUGGACGCUGCAGGAAGAAGUUGGAGGCAUGGCUGUGCCUAUCAUCAGUGCUUUUACUGCGGGUAUUGGGCUUCUGGGUACAUUUAACGGGUUGAACACCUAUUCAGCUGAGGUCAUGCCACACAUUCGUUCCGAGGUGAUCAGCGGAAAAUACGUGGUCCAGUAUAUCUUUGCUGCAGCCGCAACGGCCGCCGUUGAGCCAUUGAUCAAUUCUAUUGGUGUUGGCUGGACAUUUACUAUUUGUGUCGCUUUUGCGAUUAUUGGCGGGUUCUGUGUUUUAGCGAUUACUCAAUGGGGCAUCGACAUGCAGCGAUGGGUGGAAGAAAAAUUGGGCAUUGACGCGAAGCCAGCGUAA